AUGUUUAUCGCUCGUAAUAUAAAUAAUAACAAUAAAUCUCGAUUGAUCGUUGUAUUCCAACAAUUGUCAUCAACAAUGAACAGAAAUUUAUCUGGAUCAACGGGUGAGGAGGCACCAACUACUUCUCUAGAAAUGAAUAAGGACAUUAUUAAAAAGCGAUUUGAGAAAAUAAAAAAAUCUCCAAAUGAUUCUCAGCUUUACCGAGGAUUAAUUUUAAAUAAUAACAUGAAAGUGUUACUGAUAAGUGAUCCUACCACAGAUAAAAGUGCCGUUUCAUUGGACGUAAAUGUUGGCUACUUGAAUGAUCCAGCAGAAUUGCCAGGACUGGCUCAUUUUUGUGAACACAUGCUGUUUCUUGGUACCGAAAAAUACCCAGACAAAAAUUCAUACAACUCGUAUCUGUCUCAGCACGGUGGUAGUUCCAACGCAAUGACCCUACCGGAUUACACUCAGUAUCAUUUUGACGUAAGUCCAGAGUAUCUCGAGGGGGCGGUGGAUCGUUUUGCCCAAUUUUUUAUAGCUCCGCUGUUUACCGAGUCUGCGACAGAGCUCGAGGUUCAAGCUGUUCAUUCGGAGCACGAAAAAAAUAUCGCAAAUGACACGUGGCGGCAGGAUCAGCUGGAAAAAUCAUCAGCGGAUCCAAAUCAUCCGUACUCAAAGUUUGGAACUGGACACCGUGGAACUCUGGACUCUGGACCAAAGCAAAAAGGGAUAAACGUGAGAGAAGCCCUGCUGGAAUUCCACAAGACCUGGUACUCGGCCAAUAUUAUGGCGUUGAGUAUUCUUGGAAAGGAAAGUCUCGAUCAAUUGGAGAAAAUGAUAGUGGAUAAGUUUAGUCCGGUGGAAAAUAAAGAAGUAGAGGCACCAACUUGGCCGGAGCACCCCUUUAAUGAUGAUCACUUUGGUAAAAAGUGGGUGAUUGUACCGAUUAAAGAUAUACGUGCUUUAAAAAUGACUUUCCCAUUGCCAGAUUUGAGCCAACACUUUCGUUCUGGUCCGGCGCACUAUGUAUCUCAUUUGUUGGGUCACGAGGCUGACGGAUCGCUCCUGUCAGCUCUUAAAAAAGCCGGCUGGUGUAAUGCAUUGGUUGCCGGGGAAAAACGAGCUGCCAGAGGUGGCUGCAAUUUUUUUUCCAUUUACGUAGACUUGACCGAGGAGGGAAUUAAUCACGUUGACGAUAUUGUUAAGCUUACUUUUCAGUAUAUAAACAUGCUGAGAAUUAACGGGCCACUUGAGUGGAUUUUUGACGAAUGCAAGCAGAUAGCUAACGUUGAUUUUAAUUUCAAGGAAAAAUUAUUGCCAAGAACAACUGUUAAUGUAACUGUACGUGCAUUGCAAAAGUAUCCAUUUGAAGAGGUACUCACCGGGCCUUAUUUGCCUACCGAGUGGCGUCCAGAUUUAAUAAAUACUGUCGUGGAUUGUUUGGUACCUGAAAAAAUUCGCAUUCACGUUGUGGGUAAAGUUUAUCAAAACAUCGCUGAUCAAUUGGAAUUUUGGUACGGGACUAAAUACGCUAUUCAAGUUAUUCCAAAAGAAAUCAUCGAGAGUUGGAGAAAUUCGGGAUUAUCUGACGAGUUAAAAAUUCCAAAUGCUAAUGAAUUUAUUCCCGAGUCAUUUGAAAUUAAAUGUAAUAGUAAUAGAGAAGAAAUAAAUAAAUUUCCAAAAAUAAUUUUAGACACUAGGCUGAUGCGUGUCUGGUUUAAACAAGACGACGAGUUUAAAAUACCAAAAGUAAAUCUUACUUUUGACUUUGUAAGCCCUUAUGCGUACCUCGAUCCUUGUAACUUUAAUUUAACAAAUUUAUACAUACAGUUGUUCAAAGACUCGCUUAAUGAGUACGCGUACAAUGCCAGUCUCGCACAAUUGAGCUGGGAAUUUAGUGCCAGUAAAAACGGUAUGACUCUUAUGGUUGGCGGAUACAAUGACAAACACCGGGUGCUGUUGAGUAAAAUAAUCGACAGGAUGGUUAAUUUUAAAGUUGACAAUCAGAGAUUUGAAAUAAUUAAGGAAAUUUAUAUAAGAAAUUUAAAAAAUUUUGAAGCUGAUCAACCGUAUCAGCAUGCUGUUUAUUAUUUAGCAGUUUUAUUGACCGAGCAAGGAUGGACUAAGGACGAAUUACUUGAAGCUACUGAAUUUUUAACUCUGGACAGGCUUGAGGAAUUUAUUCCAAAGCUGUUGACUAAAGUUCACAUUCAGUGUUUGAUUCACGGUAAUUUGACGGAAUCAGAGGCACUGGAAACAAUUAAAAUGGUUGAGAAUCAACUGACCAAGGAUCCACAGGACAGUGAAAAAAGUAAAACAAUAGUACCGUUAGUGCCGAAACAAUAUAUACUUAAUCGUGAAAUAAGUUUGGAUAAUGGCAGUCACUAUUUGUAUGAAAUAGAAAAUAAAUUACACAAAUCAUCGUGUACUGAAAUUUACUAUCAAGUGGGGUUACAAUCAACGGAAUCAAACAUCCAUCUGGAACUAUUGGGGCAGAUAAUAUCCGAGCCGUUUUUCGAUGUUCUCCGUACGCAAGAACAACUGGGUUACAUUGUAUUUAGUGGAAUACGUCGAGGGAAUGGAGUUCAAGGCCUGAGAGUAAUAAUACAGGGCGAUAGACAUCCCCAGUAUCUGGAAGAGCGGAUUGAAGCCUUUAUUCACUCGGUUCAGGAUCGAAUUGUUAACAUGUCCGAGGAUGAAUUCAAUCGGCAUAAAACUUCACUCGCCAAUCAACGUCUCGAAAAACCAAAAAAAAUGACUACACUGUCUGCUAUAUUUUGGAGCGAAAUAACUAAUCAGCAAUACAAUUUUGAUCGUGCAAACAUUGAAGUUGCCUAUUUACGUACCAUUACUAAAUCUCAAAUACUUGAUUUUUACAAUGAAACAAUAAAACAAUCACCUCAGAGACGUAAAUUGUCACUUCAUGUGGUAUCAACAGCCCCAGGUGGUGCCGGGUUCACUGAAAAAUCAUCAGAAGAAUCAUCAACAGCCCAAACUGAUGCAACAACUUUGCCAAUUAAGAUAACAGACAUCUUGGCAUUCAAAUCGAGUCAAUCACUUUUCCCAAUUAUAAAACCCUUUAUUAAUAUUCCAAGAAAGGAUCAAAAAUCUAAGCUUUAA